GUCGCCGUCGCCGCCGCCGCCGCCGCCGGUAGCACCGUGAGGCCCCGCGACCCGUACGUCACCGCCGACGCCUACCACCUCUUCUCAACCCGACGCGGACCCCGCCACCUCUGCUCCGCCCCACCUCCGGCUGUCAGCUCAGGGCAGCGUCUGAUCCUGCGCCUGGCUCCGGCGGCGAGCAUGGGGUUCUCCGGAUGGUGCCCCAGGCCCUCACGCCCCACUCCCCUCUCCCCCCUCAAGACGCUUCUUCUGCUCGUGCUCCUCGCCUUCUCCCCCGCCGCCGCGUCGUCGUCGUCGUCUCCCGCCGCUGUGCACAACAACAACUGGGCCGUGCUCGUCUGCACAUCCCGCUUCUGGUUUAAUUAUAGACAUAUGGCCAACACGCUGUCUUUGUACAGGACUGUUAAGAGAUUAGGAAUACCUGACGAGCGGAUAAUACUUAUGUUGGCGGAUGAUAUGGCUUGUAAUUCCCGGAACAAUUAUCCUGCCCAAGUGUUCAACAAUGAGAACCACCAGCUUAAUCUUUAUGGUGACAAUGUUGAGGUUGAUUACCGAGGUUACGAGGUUACAGUUGAAAACUUUUUGCGAAUUUUGACUGGAAGACAUGACAGUGCUGUACCAAGAUCAAAGCGUCUCUUAAGUGAUGAAGGAAGCCAUAUUCUAUUGUACAUGACUGGGCAUGGCGGGGAUGAAUUUCUGAAGUUCCAAGACAACGAAGAACUUCAGAGCCAUGAUUUAGCAGAUGCAGUAAAGCAAAUGAAGGAGAAGCAUAGAUUUAAGGAGUUGUUGAUAAUGGUAGAUACCUGCCAGGCUGCUACUCUGUUUUCACAGCUUCAAUCACCUGGCGUUUUGGCGAUUGGUAGCAGCAUGAAAGGGGAAAACUCUUACUCUCACCAUCUUGACUCAGACAUUGGUGUUUCUGUUGUGGAUAGGUUUACCUUCCAUACACUUGCUUUCUUUGAGAAGCUGAACAUGUAUAGCAAUGCUUCAUUGAACAGUCUUUUCAACUCAUACGACCCUUCUAUGCUGCUGUCUACUGCAUAUUAUCGAAUGGAUCUUUACAAGCGUGCCUUAAAUGAGGUCCCAGUGACAAAUUUCUUUGGAUCAGUCAUGAAGACUAUCCAUACGGAUUCAGCCUACACAGGCUUCUUAGCUGCACAUGACGCAGAAACCCCCCUUCCUACCGGAAAUGAUAUACAUGACCAUGUCAUGUUACAGAACGAGGCUAGUGCAAGAAGAUCAGACAUCGAAGAGCUGGAAGUGAGUUAUAGCAAGUUUUGCAAAAACACUUUUGGUAAUUGCAACAUCCAGGAGGCACAGUUAAGAUCCCAUGGAUGGAUAGAGGUCUUGCUAGAACAGCUGGAAGGCAAAAAUUCUGAUGUUGUUGUGAUGUAUGGCCUGGGAAUUAUGGGCAUAUUGUUGGCAAUUUCAACCUGGCUAUCAAUGUAGGAAGGAACUCUGA